GCCAGAUGGAGACAAUAUUGUGUUGAGAGGAGAAUUACCUUCACGACGGACUAGGACAGGCCCAGAGCGACCGGGAGCAAGACAAAACGAUACUUGGCCUUCUCCACUCCGUGCCCCAAGCCCCAGAUUAGCACAGCGUCAGAGAUCCCUGCGCUGGUUGUUUAGCUCCAGCAAUUGCUCCAAUAGCUUCUCAACGCCUCGCUCUCACCCCACCUAAGCUUCAAGACUCCAUAGACACGCCCGAUUCACUCCAAUAUCUACGAUCUUACAUUCGAGCUCUUUGCUUAUAAUCCUGCUUUGACCCCGUUAAACCUUCUGUCUUCUUCACAUUCCCAUUCUCAGCGUUGUGUGACUGCCUGCGCCGCGCGCCUCUCUGCUUGGCAAUCAAUACCUUUGUGUGAAUCCUCUGAGUCGGCUUCCCCUGCCAGCUGUAAAUCGCAUUUACUCUGAACAGCUGUCAACCGUCAACAUGGCUGAUAUCGAUACUACAUCACGCCCAAUUCGCGAGAGGAAGCCCUCCAUGAGUGCUCCAAUUUCAAAUAUCACUGGUCCCGUCGGCCCAGGCUUUACCAGACCCAAGCACAAGAGAACGGUCACUGGCUUUGGUCCCAGUGAUAUCAAAAGCGUUGAAGCUUCAAUUCCAGAACCCCAGCGUGAAGCAUGGAAGAAAUUCACACCCAAGCCGUUUACGAGCCCGGACGAGUUUAGUAAAGAGGCUGUUCGUCAUAUCGAGACUACCCUCGCUCGCUCCCUCUUCAACUGCGAUGAAACUGCAGCAUACUCGGGCACAGCCCUCGCCUUCAGAGACCGUCUAGUCCUAGACUGGAACAAGACUCAGCAGAACCAGACCUUCGCGGACCAGAAGCGUGUCUACUACCUGUCGCUCGAGUUUCUGAUGGGACGAGCCCUUGACAAUGCUAUGUUGAACGUUGGACAAAAGGAGACGGCAAGACAGGGUCUCGCAGAUAUCGGCUUCCGUAUAGAAGAUGUCAUUCAACAAGAGCACGAUGCAGCUCUUGGCAACGGUGGUCUUGGUCGUCUUGCGGCCUGUUUCUUGGACAGCAUGGCCUCUCUCAACUACCCAGCCUGGGGAUACGGACUAAGAUACAGAUAUGGUAUCUUCAAGCAAGAGAUCGUGGAUGGCUACCAGGUCGAAGUUCCAGACUACUGGCUUGACUUCAACCCAUGGGAAUUUCCCCGCCACGACAUCACCGUGGAUAUCCAAUUCUACGGCCACGUAAACAGGUUCCAGGACGAUACUGGCAAGACCAUUACUCAAUGGGAAGGCGGUGAGAUCGUGCAGGCUGUAGCGUACGAUGUUCCAGUGCCCGGAUACGAUACCCCGACUUGUAACAACUUGAGACUGUGGGGUAGCAAGGCCGCGAGUGGCGAGUUUGACUUCCAAAAGUUCAACUCUGGCGAAUAUGAGAGCUCUGUAGCUGAUCAGCAACGUGCCGAGACCAUCUCGGCUGUGCUGUAUCCUAACGACAACCUCGACCGCGGAAAGGAAUUACGCCUGAAGCAGCAGUACUUCUGGUGCGCGGCCUCGCUCUACGACAUCGUCCGACGAUUCAAGAAGACCAAGCGCGCUUGGGCCGAUUUCUCCAGCCAGGUCGCCAUCCAGCUCAACGAUACUCACCCAACUCUCGCUAUCGUUGAGCUUCAGCGCAUCCUUGUUGACCAGGAAGGUCUCGAGUGGGACGAAGCAUGGAACAUCGUUCAAAACACCUUCGGCUACACUAACCACACUGUUCUUCCCGAAGCACUAGAGAAAUGGUCAGUUCCACUGAUGCAACACCUUCUACCUCGCCACCUCCAGAUCAUCUACGAGAUCAACCUUUUCUUCCUCCAGUAUGUCGAGCGCAACUUCCCCAAGGACCGCGAAAUGCUGGGACGUGUUUCAAUUAUCGAGGAGUCGCAACCCAAGAUGGUUCGCAUGGCGCAUAUCGCCAUUGUGGGUUCCCACAAGGUCAACGGUGUUGCUGAGCUUCAUUCCGAUCUGAUCAAGACCACCAUUUUCAAGGACUUUGUAAAGAUCUACGGUCCUGACAAAUUCACCAACGUCACGAAUGGAAUUACUCCUCGCAGAUGGCUUCACCAGGCCAACCCCAAACUCUCUGAGCUCAUCGCCUCGAAACUUGGAGGCCACGGUUUCCUGAAAGAUCUCACAGGUCUUCACAAGCUCGAGUCGUUCGUUGAUGACAAAGACUUCCGAAAAGAGUGGUCAGAGAUCAAGUACGCCAACAAAGUUCGUCUGGCGAAACUGAUCAAGGAUGCCAAUGGUGUUACUGUGAACCCCGCAGCGCUCUUCGAUAUCCAGGUCAAGCGUAUACAUGAGUAUAAGCGACAACAGCUGAACAUCUUUGGUGUCAUUCACCGCUACCUUGCCAUCAAGGAGAUGUCCCCAGAGGAACGGAAGAAGUUAGCGCCUCGCGUUUCAAUCUUCGGUGGCAAAGCCGCUCCAGGAUACUGGAUGGCUAAGACAGUCAUCCACCUCAUUAAUCAAGUUGGUAAGGUUGUCAAUAAUGACAAGGAUGUUGGUGAUCUUCUCAAGGUCAUCUUCCUUGAGGACUACAACGUCAGCAAGGCUGAGAUCAUCUGCCCAGCCUCUGACAUUAGUGAACACAUUUCAACCGCUGGUACAGAAGCUUCUGGUACGAGUAACAUGAAGUUUGUACUGAACGGUGGCCUCAUCAUCGGUACUUGUGACGGUGCUAACAUCGAAAUCACCCGUGAGAUUGGAGAGAACAAUAUCUUCCUAUUCGGAAACCUCGCUGAAGAUGUUGACGAGCUGCGUCACGCUCAUCUUUAUGGCGAGUAUACCCUUGAUUCUGGCCUUAACAAGGUCUUUGAAGCCAUCCGUGGCGGCAUGUUUGGAGACGCCAACGCCUUCUCGGCUCUCGUCAACGGUAUCGUUGACCACGGCGACUACUAUCUCGUCUCUGAUGACUUUGCUUCUUACUGCCAGACCCACGAUCUUAUCGAUGAGGCGUACAAGAACCAGGAAGAAUGGCUUACGAAGUGCAUCACCAGCGUUGCACGAAUGGGUUUCUUCUCUUCUGAUAGAUGCAUUGAUGAAUAUGCGGAGAUGAUUUGGAAUGUUGAGCCUCUCGUACCAAAGGAGAAUGGUGCUUGAGGAACGAAAUAGAUGUAUCAGGAGAUAACAUAGAUCUGCUGAAGGCGGUAGAGGG